UUGAAGUUGAAAUGGUACGGGUUAGGGACGUGGCAUAGAGUUAGAUAUUGGACUCGUCUUUAUAUCUGUGCCGUUAUGACAGCUUCAUAGAGUACCACAGUAUAAUAGUAUAACAGUCAUAAUGCCGAGCGGUCAAACAGGUAAAUGGUUUCAAUUGUUUUUCCACCAUUCAUUUUUCCAAUAGGGAACUUUAGAAACACUUAAAAUAAGGGCUGUGUUUCAUGUAGGCUUACCCUGGCGUGACGUUUUGAUAACGUGUAAAUCUCUUUAAGGCAAGGUGGUUUAUCAAUAUAUUAGCCUGUAUUUACCCCCUAAAAUGAAACGCUAAUUAGCCUAUCAUAAAGAACUACAAGACUGCCGAAUCGAGGCAAAGGUAAGAAUCCCUGGAUGAAUGAUCUGUUAGCUAAAUGUAGUAAUCAAUUGUAUACAUUGCUUUCAAUUCUGUGAACUGUCUUGUGCAAGUUUUAAAUUGACACAAUACCUGUCAGCGAAGACUUGUUAGAGAUGAAGUGCAGGGAUUUGUGGUUUUGCAUGUCUACUUUGAUGCUAAUUAGUAUUUUCACAUCAAGGGUAAAUAGAGCCGAUUUAUAUUGAUAAAUCACCUUGUCCGAGAGAGAUUUACAUGGUUAUCAAAACGUCACCCCAGAGUAAGCCUGCACGAAAUACAGCCUAAAAUCCAGUUUCUAAAAUGCCCUUUGGGAAAAAUGAAUUGUUGAAAAAUGAUUUAAAACAUUUCCCUGUUUUGGCCGCUAGGAUUUGACAUCUCCACCGUGGUGCUCUAUAGAGGUUACAACCCAUAGGAAUUCCCACCCAGUUGACUACUUUAAAAUGGUGGAAGCCCCUCAAUGGUUGCAGGUAGCCUCGUGGUUAGAGCUUUGGGCCAGUAACGAAAAAUUGCGAGAUUGAAUUCCCAAACUGACAAGAUGCCUCUAUGGGACAUAUUCUGGACAGCACCAGAGAGGAAGAGACCCAACUCGGCAGAGCAUCUGUCUCCAUCCAACAGGUGGCGUAUUUUCGUUGUUUCGCACACCAAGCAAUGAGUUUUUGUAUGGAGGCCAAGAAGAAGAGUCGACUUUGGUCAACAACAACAAACAUGAAUGGCUUAAUUCCUAGCCCCUGUGACAUCACUACAGCUGAGAGUAGAGAAGACACACUGGCCAAGUGAGUGACUGAGCUGUGGCAGAGGAGAGGGGUCAACAUGGGGCUACACUCAGCCCAGAAGAAGCACUUUCCCCUGAAGGGGAUUGGUGGCGUGGUUGCCCUGUUCGAAGCGGAGCUCCGUAAAUCUGAACCAGACCUAGCCCUUCUCUCAUUGGUCCUGGGCUUUGCAGAACACUUCCUGGCUGUCAACCGGGUCAUACCAAUGAACGUCCCGGGGGUGCGCUUUGAGCCGCUGGAGCUAGACUGCCCAAGCUCCUGCUUUCCUACAGUGGAGUUAGGGAUGCUAUCGGCCCUGCACGAGCGCUUCGCAGCCCAGAUCCGGGGCGCUGUGGAUCUGUCCCAGUACCGCAGGCCUGCUGGCGGGUCCAGCAGGGAACUGGUGAAGAAAGUAUCUGACGUUAUCUGGAACAGCCUGAGCCGCUCCUACUUUAAGGACCGCGCCCACAUCCAGUCCCUCUUCAGUCUCAUCACUGGCACAAAGCUGGACAGCUCGGGGGUGGCGUUUGCGGUGGUGGCAGCAUGCCAGGUGCUGGGGCUGCGGGACGUGCACCUGGCCCUGUCCGAGGACCACGCCUGGGUCAUCUUUGGCAAGAACGGAGAGGAGACUGCAGAGGUCACCUGGCACGGAAAGGGCAACGAGGACCGGAGGGGGCAGACAGUUGCUGCCGGUGUCGGUGAGAGGAGCUGGCUGUACUUAAAGGGCUCCUAUAUGAAGUGUAGCAGGAACAUGGAAGUGGCCUUCAUGGUGUGUGCCAUCAACCCCUCUCUGGACCUGCACACUGACAGCUCCGAGAUGCUACAACUUCAGCAGAGGCUUCUAUGGUUGCUGUAUGAGCGAGGAGACCUGGAAAGAUACCCCAUGGCCAUGGGCACCCUGGCAGACUUGGAGGACCAGGAGCCCAUCCCUGGCAAAGAGAGCCCCCACGCCAUCCACUUUAAAGCUGUGAACUCUGCUAAGAAGUACUACAACAACGAGCACAUCUACCCCUUCAUGUACCUGGCCGGCUACCACUACAGACACAGGGAGGUCCGGGAGGCCUUGGGGGCCUGGGCCGAGGCUGCGCAGGUCAUGCAGGACUACAACUACUUCCGCGAGGACGAAGAGAUCUACAAGGAGUUUUUCGACAUUGCCAACGACGUCAUCCCCACCCUGCUGAAGGAGACGGCUGCAGCCGCCGAGAGCGGAGAAGGGAGCGAGGGAGGAGAGAAGGACCAGCCCAUACAGGCCUCUGCCCUCCAGGACCCAGAAUGCUUUGCCCACCUGUUGCGUUUCUAUGACGGCAUCUGUAAGUGGGAGGAGGGAAGCCCCACUCCUGUCCUUCAUGUUGGCUGGGCCACCUACCUUGUCCAGUCCCUCAGUCGCUUUGACCCACAGAUCCGUCAGAGGGUGUCCAUCAUCACCAAAGAGCCUGAGCCCCAGGACGACGAUGACCAAUCCAGUGAGGACCCUCGCGAAGGCCGGAGACGUGGCCCGAGGCGUGAGUCCAGACUGGAAGACCAAGCUUCCCCUCCAACACAGUCCACCCCCACCACCCCUGUCCCACCACCAAACCAACCCAACCAGGCUAAGAAAGUAGGUGGCGAGGGCGGGACGCGGCGUCGCUCUUCAGGGCUCCGCGGUGGAGACCCCGAAGGCAAGGCCAAGUCGUCCAGCCCGGUGCCAUCUCCUCUCCAGCAGCUGCCCUCCCCCAGUGGGAGUCCCCUGGUGGCCUUCCGGAGCAAGAAGAUGAAGGGCAUGAAGGAGCUGCUGUCUGCACCCAAGGUCAACGCCAGCGCCAUCAAGCUCCAGCUCACCGCCCAGUCACAGGUGCAGAUGAAGAGGCAGAAGAGCACGCCGUCGGGUGACUACACCAUGUCCUUUAUGAAACGCCAGCGUAAAUCUCUGUAGAAGGAGGACUCUUGUCUGUAGAACAUUCCUCUAGCAUGGUUCCCAAGUCUGGUUGUGUUGUAAAGCCAACAUUUAAUGGUCAUUUAUCAUAGGAGUUGACUAUACAGCACACACACAGAUCUGGGACCAGGCUAGACUUUCUCUUCAUUGGGAGAGAAAUGAGGAGAGGCUGUCUGUAGGACAUUUGCGUUGUGCUGUGACUGUGAGAGGCGAGGCAGCACAAAAAUGACUGCCGCAUCAACUUGCUUGCAUCUGCUGAGCAUUAUGCGAUUUACUUUCUUUUUUCAUCCAAAGGUUAUUUUAGCAAUCAUAUCAUAAGUCCCAAUAAGUAGGGCCGGGAUGAUACCAGUAUCAUGAUACUCGUUAGUAUUGUGGCAAGGAAACCAAUGUCGGAAACAUAAAUCCAUUAAGUUGUAGGCAUCCAGAGUCACAUUUGUUUAUUUUCCGAGCUAUAGUGUACAAUAUUGUACAUGCAGCAGGUUUUGUACGGUUUGCGCUUUCAUUUUUGCCAUGGAAAAAAUAUUGUGAUGCUGGCAUCGUCCGGACCCUACCAAUAAGGCCAUACGAGGGUCGGUAAGCACAUGACGUGUGUGGUUUAAGCGUGGAGGUAGUCACUUUAAUCAGGUUUGAACAUAUGUUGACCAAGUUGCUCCUUUUAAUCUUGUGAUUCAAUAAUGAUUGUGUAUCAUACCUUUUUUUUUUUUUUUUAUAUAAAAUAAAAUGCUGUCACUUUGUGAGGAUCAACUGAGCAGUGGCACACAUCAACUGUUGAGUUCUGAUUGACUUGUGUGGAAGUUAUUUUAAAGCCAAAGUAAUGGGCGUUUAGAUGAUGAAAACACCCUGCCCCUGGACAUUUUAUGGGAUGGGAGAAUUGCUCUGUUAAAGCAGCCAGAAUUCCAUUUGAUAUUUUCAAGUCUUGACUUAAUUUUCAUGUUUUUCACUGAAAAUCCCUGGAAGUGAUUCGGACUAUUACUGUGUAACAAUGUCCAACCCUGCUCUGUUGUCUCUUACAUGCUAGCUAUUGGUUGCCUUAUACACCGCCUUUUUUAUUUCAAAUGUAGGUGGCCUUUUUUUAAGUUUUGAGACUAGCCAGAGCUGCAAUAGGCAACCUCAUGAUUAGAAAGUGACCAGAAAGACCAUGCACUGUUUAAAGGGUAUUGCUGUAGUUUUCCCAGCUACAUACAGUAGUAUUUUGCUUGAUCAUUGGUUUUAUUUGCAGGUAAUAAAAUAAUUUCAAAUAUGA